AUGGGGAUUGACUUUAGGCAAAACCGUCUUAUUAGUUUAAAUAUAACAGAGCUUUUGUUAUAUUUCCCGAACUUGGAACAUAUUGACGUGUGGGACAACCCCACACUCGACUGUCGAACCGUUUGGGAUUUGGGGAUAGACGUCAGGAGUGAUU